CACCCGCUCCCAGGCACCACUCCCGGGCACCACGCGGCCUCCCACUUCUGCCAUCCCAGGCUCACGGCACCUCUGUCUCCCCAUUACUACAUUUCAGCCUCCCCCCACCAGCCGCCUGUGAUGCUGCUGUCCCCUGUCGCCCCGUGGCCCCACGAUGACCCACAGCCCCGCGUCAAGCGAGGAAGAGGAACGCCACAGUGCCAGCGAGUGUCCCGAGGGGGGCUCAGAGUCCGACAGCUCCCCAGACGGGCCCAGCAGAGGCCCCCGGGGGACCCGGGGCCAGGGCAGCGGGGCACCUGGUAGUCUGGCCUCCACCCGAGGCCUCCAGGGCCGCUCCAUGUCUGUCCCGGACGACGCCCACUUCAGCAUGAUGGUCUUCAGGAUUGGCAUCCCGGACCUGCACCAGACAAAAUGUCUGCGCUUCAACCCCGAUGCCACCAUCUGGACAGCCAAGCAGCAGGUGCUCUGCGCCCUGAGCGAGAGCCUGCAGGAUGUGCUCAACUAUGGUCUGUUCCAGCCGGCCACCUCAGGCCGUGAUGCCAACUUCCUGGAGGAGGAGCGGCUGCUUCGGGAGUACCCCCAGUCUUUUGAGAAGGGGGUGCCCUACCUGGAGUUUCGAUACAAGACCCGGGUUUACAAACAGACCAACCUGGAUGAGAAGCAGCUGGCAAAAUUGCAUACAAAGACGGGGUUGAAGAAAUUCCUGGAGUAUGUGCAGCUCGGGACGUCCGACAAAGUGGCACGGCUGCUGGACAAGGGGCUGGACCCCAAUUAUCAUGACUCAGAUUCAGGAGAGACCCCCCUGACUCUGGCUGCCCAGACUGAAGGCUCCGUAGAGGUGAUUCGAACCCUGUGCCUAGGAGGGGCCCACAUCGACUUCCGGGCCCGGGAUGGCAUGACAGCGCUGCACAAAGCUGCAUGUGCCCGUCACUGCCUCGCUCUCACGGCACUCCUCGACCUUGGGGGCUCCCCCAACUACAAGGACCGCCGAGGCCUGACCCCUCUGUUCCAUACGGCUAUGGUGGGGGGCGACCCCCGCUGCUGUGAGCUGCUCCUAUACAACAGGGCUCAGCUGGGCAUAGCUGAUGAGAACGGCUGGCAGGAGAUUCACCAGGCCUGCCAGCGGGGUCAUUCUCAGCAUCUAGAACACCUGCUCUUCUACGGGGCUGAGCCCGGAGCCCAGAAUGCCUCGGGGAACACAGCCUUGCACAUCUGUGCCCUUUACAACAAGGAGACCUGUGCUAGGAUCCUCCUCUAUCGAGGAGCCAACAAGGAUGUGAAGAAUCACAAUGGACAGACCCCCUUCCAGGUGGCAGUGAUCGCUGGGAAUUUUGAACUGGGAGAGCUGAUCCGAAACCAUCGAGAACAGGAUGUGGUGCCCUUCCAGGAGUCCCCCAAGUACGCCGCCCGGCGACGGGGACCCCCAGGCGCGGGGCUGACGGUGCCCCCGGCGCUGCUUCGGGCCAACAGUGAUACCAGCAUGGCCCUGCCUGACUGGAUGGUGUUUGCUGCCCCUGGGACCUCGUCCUCUGGGGCCCCUGGCCCUACCUCAGGGACCCAGGGCCAGUCGCAGCCCUCGGCCCCCAGCACCAAGCUCAGCAGUGGGACCCUCCGAAGUGCCAGCAGCCCCCGGGGCGCCCGGGCCCGUUCCCCAUCCCGCGGGAGGCAUCCCGAAGAGGCCAAGAGACAGCCCCGUGGACGGCCCAGCUCCAGCGGGACGCCCAGGGAAGGGCCGGCAGGGGGCACAGGGGGCUCAGGGGGCCCCGGGGGCUCCCUGGGCAGCCGCGGGAGGCGCAGGAAGCUCUACUCAGCGGUACCUGGACGCUCCUUCAUGGCCGUGAAGUCCUACCAGGCCCAAGCAGAGGGAGAGAUCUCCCUGAGCAAGGGGGAAAAGAUCAAAGUGCUUAGCAUCGGGGAAGGAGGCUUCUGGGAAGGCCAGGUCAAAGGUCGCAUUGGCUGGUUCCCCUCUGACUGCCUGGAAGAGGUGGCCAACCGGUCCCAGGAGGGAAAGCAAGAAAGCCGCAGUGACAAGGCAAAGAGACUCUUCCGGCAUUAUACCGUGGGCUCCUACGACAGCUUUGAUGCCCCAAGAAGCUUGAUGGAUGGGAUUGGCCCAGGGAGCGAUUACAUCAUUAAGGAGAAGACAGUCUUGCUGCAGAAGAAGGACAGUGAGGGGUUUGGGUUCGUGCUCCGGGGGGCCAAGGCGCAGACCCCCAUCGAGGAGUUCACCCCCACUCCAGCCUUCCCAGCGCUGCAGUAUCUGGAGUCUGUGGACGAGGGUGGCGUAGCAUGGCGAGCUGGACUGCGGAUGGGAGACUUCCUCAUCGAGGUGAAUGGGCAGAAUGUGGUGAAGGUUGGCCACCGACAGGUGGUGAACAUGAUCCGCCAAGGGGGCAACACGCUGAUGGUCAAGGUGGUGAUGGUCACCAGGCACCCGGACAUGGAUGAGGUCCAUAAGAAAGCACCCCAGCAAGCUAAGCGGCUUCCACCCCCAGCCAUCUCUCUGCGUUCCAAGUCCAUGACCUCAGAGCUGGAAGAAAUGGUCUCCCCCUGGAAGAAGAAGAGUGAGUACGAGCAGCAGCCUGCGCCGGUGCCCAGCAUGGAGAAAAAGCGGACCGUGUAUCAGAUGGCUCUCAACAAACUGGAUGAAAUUUUGGCGGCAGCUCAACAGACCAUCAGUGCAAGCGAGAGUCCUGGACCUGGUGGCCUCGCAUCGCUGGGCAAACACCGGCCCAAAGGCUUCUUUGCCACCGAGUCAAGCUUCGAUCCUCACCACCGCUCCCAGCCAAGUUAUGAACGUCCUUCUUACCUGCCUCCCGGACCUGGGCUUAUGCUCCGGCAAAAAUCUAUUGGGGCUGCUGAAGAUGAUAGACCCUACCUAGCACCCCCAGCCAUGAAGUUCAGCCGCAGCCUGUCUGUGCCUGGCUCGGAGGACAUCCCCCCGCCGCCCACCACGUCCCCACCGGAGCCCCCCUACAGCACACCUCCCGCCCCCUCCUCCUCUGGCCGCCUCACCCCAUCCCCCAGAGGAGGGCCCUUCAACCCCAGUUCGGGUGGCCCCCUCCCCUCCUCUUCCCCUGCGUCCUUUGAUGGACCCUCCCCUCCCGACACGCGCAUAGGGGGCCGAGAGAAGAGCCUGUACCACAGCGGGCCCCUGCCCCCCGCCCACCACCACCCGCCCCACCACCACCACCACCAUGCCCCGCCCCCCCAGCCUCACCACCACCACGCCCACCCCCCUCAUCCCCCCGAGAUGGAGACGGGAGGCUCUCCCGACGACCCCCCACCCCGACUGGCUCUAGGGCCCCAGCCCAGCCUGCGCGGCUGGCGGGGCGGCGGGCCCAGCCCCACUCCGGGGGCCCCGUCCCCGUCGCACCACGGCAGCGGGGCCGGCGGCAUCGGCUCCUCCCAGGCCCCAGCCCUGCGCUACUUCCAGCUGCCCCCCCGGGCGGCCAGCGCGGCCAUGUACGUGCCAGCCCGCUCGGGCCGCGGGCGCAAGGGGCCCCUGGUCAAGCAGACCAAAGUCGAAGGCGAGCCUCAGAAGGGCGGCGGCCUCCCCCCCGCCCCCUCGCCCACGUCCCCGGCGUCCCCGCAGCCGCCGCCGGCCGCGGCCGCGCCCUCGGAGAAGAAUUCCAUCCCCAUCCCCACCAUCAUCAUCAAGGCUCCGUCCACCAGUAGCAGCGGCCGCAGCAGCCAGGGCAGCAGCACCGAGGCGGAGCCCCCCACCCAGCCCGAGGCUGCGGGCGGCGGCGGCGGCGGCGGGGGCGGCGGCGGGGGCGGCGGCGGCGGCUCCUCGGCGCCCAGCCCCGCCCCGGCCAUGUCGCCGGUGCCGCCGUCCCCCUCGCCGGUGCCCACCCCCACCUCGCCCAGCGGCCCGGCCACCCUCGACUUCACCAGCCAGUUCGGAGCGGCCCUGGUGGGGGCGGCCCGCAGGGAAGGGGGCUGGCAGAACGAAGCCCGCCGGCGCUCCACGCUCUUCCUCUCCACCGACGCGGGCGACGAGGACGGCGGCGACAGCGGGCUGGGCCCAGGGGCGCCCCCGGGCCCCCGGCUGCGCCACUCGAAGUCCAUCGACGAAGGCAUGUUCUCCGCCGAGCCCUACCUCCGGCUAGAGUCUGCAGGCGCGGGGAGCGGCGCCGGCUACGGGGCUUACGGGGCCGGCAGCCGCGCCUACGGGGGCAGCGGGGGCAGCAGCGCCUUCACCAGCUUCCUGCCGCCCCGGCCCCUGGUCCACCCGCUGACAGGCAAGGCCCUGGACCCCGCCUCCCCGCUCGGGCUGGCGCUGGCCGCCCGAGAGCGGGCGCUGAAGGAGUCCUCGGAGGGUGGUGGGCCCCCCCAGCCCCCUCCAAGGCCCCCAUCGCCCCGCUACGAGGCCCCGCCGCCCACCCCCCACCACCACUCGCCCCACGCCCACCAUGAGCCAGUGCUGCGUCUCUGGGGGGCCUCACCACCCGACCCCGCCCGCCGGGAACUGGGGUACCGGGCGGGGCUGGGCAGCCAGGAGAAGUCCCUUCCGGCCAGCCCGCCAGCUGCCCGACGCUCCUUGCUGCACCGCUUGCCCCCCACGGCUCCCGGGGUCGGGCCCCUCCUCCUGCAGCUGGGGCCCGAGCCCCCGCCCCCGCACCCCGGGGUGAGCAAGGCGUGGCGGUCGGGCGCCCCCGAGGAGCCAGAGCGGCUGCCCCUACACGUGCGGUUCCUGGAGAACUGCCAGCCCAGAGCCAGCGGGCCGGGGGGGAGGGGACCCCCCUCGGAAGACGGGCCGGGGGUUCCGCCGCCCAGCCCCCGCCGCUCCGUGCCGCCCUCGCCCACCUCCCCGCGAGGCGGUGAAGAGAAUGGGCUCCCCCUGCUGGUCCUGCCGCCCCCUGCUCCCUCUGUGGAUGUGGAAGAUGGCGAGUUCCUCUUUGUGGAGCCCUUGCCCCCGCCUCUGGAGUUCUCCAACAGCUUCGAGAAGCCCGAGUCGCCCCUCACGCCCGGGCCUCCCCACCCGCUGCCCGAUCCACCCACCCCAACCACCCCAUUGACCCCCGUGCCACCACCGGCUGUUGCUGCCGCACCUCCCACCCUGGACUCCACGGCAUCCAGCCUGACUUCCUACGACAGCGAGGUGGCCACACUAACCCAGGGGGCCCCCGUGGCUCCUGGGGACCCCCCUCCACCAGGCCCGCCAGCGCCGGCUGCCCCUGCUCCCCCAGCCCCCCAGCCUGGCCCAGACCCGCCGCCUGGCACAGAUUCGGGUAUUGAGGAGGUGGACAGUAGGAGCAGCAGCGACCACCCUCUGGAGACCAUCAGCAGCGCGUCCACACUGAGCAGCCUUUCUGCCGAAGGUGGUGGCAGCGCCGGAGGCGGUGGCGGUGGUGGUGGCAGUGUGGCAAGUGUGGCCAGCGGGCCAGAGCUUCUGGACACAUAUGUGGCCUACCUGGAUGGCCAGGCGUUCGGGGGGAGUGGCACUCCUGGCCCACCGUAUCACCCACAGCUCAUGACUCCUUCUAAGCUCCGUGGCCGGGCUCUGGGGACCAGUGGAGGCCUGCGACCGGGCCCCAGUGGAGGACUCCGGGACCCUGUCACUCCCACCAGCCCCACCGUCUCCGUGACAGGGGCUGGAACGGAUGGGCUGCUGGCCCUAAGCGGUUGCACGGGACCCUCCGUGGCCAGCAUGGCUGGGGGUUCGGUGGCUAUAGAGCCAGAAGGCCCCGCGGUGCCCUUGCCAUCGGCCUCCUCUCUGCCUCGGAAGCUGCUGCCCUGGGAGGAGGGCCCGGGCCCACCGCCACCACCCCUGCCCGGGCCCCUGGCCCAGCCUCAGGCCUCAGCCUUGGCCACAGUAAAAGCCAGCAUCAUCAGUGAACUCAGCUCCAAGCUUCAGCAAUUUGGGGGUUCCUCAGCAGCUGGUGGCGCUCUGCCCUGGGCCCGGGGAGGCAGCGGGGGAAGCGGGGACAGCCACCACGGGGGAGCCAGCUAUGUCCCUGAGAGGACCUCUUCGCUGCAGCGGCAGAGACUCUCCGAAGACUCCCAGUCCUCUCUCCUCUCCAAACCCGUCAGCAGCCUGUUUCAGAACUGGCCCAAACCACCUCUGCCGCCACUCCCCACAGGAAGCGGGGUCCCCCCUUCGGCCGCUGCAGCUCCAGGAGCCACCUCACCCUCAGCCUCCUCCUCCACGUCCACCCGCCACCUCCAAGGCGUGGAGUUCGAGAUGCGGCCACCUCUGCUCCGCCGGGCCCCAAGCCCCUCACUGCUGCCCGCCUCGGAGCACAAGGUCAGCCCUGCACCCAGGCCCUCGUCCCUGCCCAUCCUGCCUUCCGGACCCCUGUAUCCGGGCCUCUUUGACAUCCGUGGCUCCCCAACCGGAGGGGCAGGAGGCUCAGCUGACCCUUUCGCCCCUGUCUUUGUGCCACCCCACCCCGGGAUAUCCGGGGGGCUUGGUGGAGCCUUGUCAGGGGCCUCCCGCUCCCUUUCACCGACCCGCCUGCUUUCGCUGCCCCCGGACAAGCCCUUCGGCGCUAAACCUCUGGGGUUCUGGACCAAGUUCGAUGUGGCUGAUUGGCUUGAGUGGCUGGGCUUGGCUGAGCACCGAGCACAGUUCCUGGACCACGAGAUUGAUGGCUCCCACCUGCCCGCCUUGACCAAGGAGGAUUAUGUCGAUCUGGGUGUGACGAGGGUGGGCCACCGCAUGAACAUCGACCGGGCUCUCAAAUUUUUCCUGGAGAGGUGAUGGCUGGCCUGGACGGACCAGCCGUCCACAGAACCCUUGAGCCUACUGGCCUCUUGA